CUGUAUGUCUCAGCUGGGUCAGAUGCACCAGGAGAUCCCUGUUCACUUGAGAGAGUGAAUCCGGUGGGAGCAAUUGCGAAAAAGGAGCCGGGCGUUUGUGCCAAGAGGCGCCGUGGAGCAAACGCCAUGGAGAGAGAUUUUCUGUGUGCCUUCGCAACUCUCCUCCUCCUCCCUCCUCUCUUGCACAACCUCCCCUGGUGAGCUUUCGCUCCUCUCGUGGUGUCGGUGCCAACAGGAAAGGCGGCGGAAGAACGCGGCUGCAGCUCCAGCUGGGCCUUUCCGUCGGAUCGCUCCAGGCUUGUGGGCGUUUCUCUCUCUCUCUCUCUCUCUCUCUCUUCUCUUCUCUUCUCUUCUCUCCUCUCGAUCACAGAAGCGCGCAGGAAGGAGAAAAUGCCCGGAGAGACUUUCAUCAGCGACCCGCCCUCCUCUGGAACUCGUCGAGGAAGUUUUUUUGGAGGGGUAGGCGAGGCUUGGGAAUCCCACGUGGGCCGAAACUGACCAAAUUUGGGAGCUGGUAAAUAAAUUGAAGCAGGCGGAGAAAGCAGAAAAGUCACGCAACUUUUGUGGUAUGCGCGUGAGCGCAAUGGCUGGUUUCUUUUAAAAGAGGCGAUUUCUGAAGCCGAGGCGCGAACCGCGCAGCAUGGAAGAGGACGACAGCCGGCUUGGAGGCGCCGGGAGUCUUUGGCAGGACACUUUAGCGAUCGCUCUCACCCCCAGCAAGCCCGUCUCUGUAGAGAGCCAUGGCACCCGAAGGGGCGGCGGCGGCAGCACCACCAGCAGCGGCGGUAGGGGCCGACCGCUGAGCGUGGUUUAUGUCUUCACCGAGUAUCUUGAAGAGCCUCUGCCUCUCCAGUGCUUGCGGGAAGCCUGCAGAGAAGUCCCGGGGAGUGAGCUGACGACGGUGCCUUUUGGCACGGUGGCGCUGGGGGACACUGGCACUCUGGACCGGUUCUACAAUGCAGAUGUGGUUGUGGUGGAGAUGAGCAACAGCCUGUGCCAGCCCUCGCUCUUCUAUCACUUGGGGGUGCGUGAGAGCUUCAGCAUGACCAACAACAUCCUCCUUUGCUGUUACACUGAUUUUCCAGAGCUGCAGGCUCUCCGGGAGGAGAUCUUCCAGAAGAAUUCAGACAGCAAUGGCAGCUACACCUUAAUCCCCUACAUGGUGACAGUCCAGAACAAGGUCUGCUGCUGUGAUGCAAAUGCUAUGAUGUGCCUGAGUGAGCUCUGCGAGCCUAACUUCAACAUGGAGGCCUUCUUUACCCCACUGACUGCGCAGCUGGCAAAACUGCUGGAGGGCACCUCUACCAGCUCCAGUGGCUACUUCCGGGAGAUGAUCCGGAGGGACAUCCGCAGGGCUCGUGAAAGAUACAGUGGGGAGCAGCUGAGCCGGGAGCUGACCAGCAUCCAACAGCGCCUGGACAGCGUGGAGUGCCUCAGCCUUGAUAUCGUAAUUAACUUUCUUCUAUCCUACCGCGAUGCGCAGGAUUGUGAUGCCAUUAUCACCCUGGUGGAGACCUUGCAGGCCCUGCCAACUUGCAGUGUCGCUGAGCAACACAACAUCUGCUUCCACUAUGCCUUUGCUCUUGACAGGCGGAACCAGCCUGGUGACCGGGAGAAGGCACUCUCUGUUCUCCUGCCCUUAGUGGAAAAGCCCGAAGGAGCAGUGCCCGACCUGUACUGCAUGUGUGGCCGCAUCUACAAGGACAUGUUCAUUGACUCUGGUUUCACUAAUGCUGAGAAGAGAGACCAGGCAUUUUAUUGGUAUCACAAGGCCUUUUUAACAGACCCAAGCCUCCAUGCUGGAAUUAAUUCUGUUGUCUUCCUCAUGGCCGCCGGGCACCAAUUUGAAACCUCCGUGCAGCUUCGACAGCUAGGUAUGAAGGUGAGCUGCGUUCUGGGCCGGAAGGGAUGCUUGGAAAAAAUGCAGCAUUAUUGGGAUGUGGGUUUUUACCUGGGUGCCAGUAUCUUGACCGGUGACUACGACAAAAUCAUCCAGGCCUCUGAGAAACUUUACAAGCUCAACACCCCAGUUUGGUUUUUGACAUCUAUCAAGGAGACCUAUAUAAUCUAUAGUCAUUUCAAAGCUGUCCCGGAUAUCUGGUCACCCAAACAAGAGCUAGUCAAUUUCUGGCUGAGUUUCUUGAUGGAUUCUUGCCAGCCGUUUGUCUCCACUGAGCAGUGUCUGGUCUUGAUUUUAGAGUUGGGCAGAGUGUUACAGCCUUCCGAACUCAGUGUCUGCAACCAAGAGGGGAAAAAAUCAGUGACACUGAGCCACAUCUGCUCCCCAGAGGAGGAAGGAGUUUCCACGUGGACAUUUCCAGCAUCUUCCAUCCGUGGAAUCAGUAUCUCCAAGUGUGAUGAGCGGUGCUGCUUCCUCUAUGUGCUGCACACAGCCGAAGACUUCCAGCUGUACUUCCCUACCCAGCACCACUGUCACUGGUUUUGUGAACUGCUCCGUUCUUUUAUGGCAGAGAUGGGUGAGGAAGGGAAUAGCUGCAGCUCUCCGGAGGUCCUAGAGUAUGACUACGAAUACACGGAGACAGGUGACAGGGUGAUUCUGGGUAAAGGCACCUAUGGGGUGGUCUACGCUGGCCGGGACCUCAGCAAUCAGGUGCGCAUUGCCAUUAAGGAGAUCCCAGAGCGGGACAGCAGAUACUCACAGCCACUUCAUGAAGAGAUUGCUCUCCACAAGCGUCUGAAGCACAGGAACAUUGUCCGCUAUCUGGGCUCUGUCAGUCAAGAUGGCUUCCUCAAGAUCUUCAUGGAGGAGGUACCUGGGGGGAGCUUGUCUUCUCUUCUGCGUUCCAUGUGGGGCCCCCUGAAGGACAAUGAGCCUACCAUAGUUUUCUACACCAAGCAAAUCCUAGAGGGACUGCGUUACCUGCACGACAACCAGAUUGUCCAUAGGGACAUCAAGGGAGACAAUGUCUUGAUCAAUACAUACAGCGGAGUGUUGAAAAUUUCAGACUUUGGCACUUCUAAGAGGUUGGCGGGGAUCAGCCCCAGUACAGAGACAUUCACAGGCACCCUCCAAUAUAUGGCCCCAGAGGUAAUUGAUCAGGGACCCCGUGGCUAUGGCAAGCCGGCUGACAUCUGGUCCCUGGGCUGUACUAUCAUUGAGAUGGCUACAGGCAAGCCCCCUUUCUUCGAGCUGGGCAGCCCGCAGGCUGCCAUGUUCAAGGUGGGCAUGUUCAAGAUCCACCCUGAGGUGCCCGAUUCCAUGUCAGAUGAAGCCAAGGCAUUCAUCCUGAGUUGUUUUGAAGCUGAUCCGGACAAGCGGGCAACUGCUGCCGCCUUGCUUCAGGAACCCUUUUUGAAGGUGCCCAGUAAGAAAAAACCCCGGAACUCACCAGUACCAGAUGAAUUGUUUGCUCCAAAUGCACCUGAAAGGUCAAUUUCAGCAGAGGGUGUCAGUGUGUUCCGGAAAUGUUCUUUACCCUCUCAGUCCUUGAGGGCACAGACAGAGAACAUCUUUAUAAGUCGGAGCACCAGUGAAGUGACACAGAGGUUCAGCUAUCUAAGGGCUCCUGAGGAACUGCUCAGCGUUGACCUCAACCUCUCCUCUUCCUCCCACGAGGAGAGCGGCUGUUUGUUCUUGCUGAAGAAGGACAGUGAGCGGAGAGCCACCCUCCACAAGGUCCUGACCGAGGAGCUGCCCAGUAUUGCAGCGGCCAUCUACGAGGCCCAGGAUGAGGCUUGGCCUCCUUCCUCCUCUUCCCCUCAGAGCCCGCUGUCAUUGGAGCACAUCUCCCAGCUGGUGUCCUGCCUCAAGAGCUAUAUCCGCUCCCCCAACCGCAAGCAAAUGGCCCAGGACCUCCUCCAGCUUCAGGCCAGCUUGCAAGUGGAUGGCCUGAGCCUCUGUCGUGUGCAGGUGCCACUCUUCACCUUCCAGGACACCGUAAAGCAGGCAUUGCGGAAGCUCCAAAUCAAGCCUCACUGGGUGUUUGCUCUGGAUAAUCUCAUGGGGCAGGCGGUCCAAGCAGCUUUUACCAUCCUCUUGACAGAACUCAAAGUGCAACCACAGUUCUCACGGGGGGAAGACCAGGGACACCUGAGCAAUGAGGAGGAAGAGGGCCGGUUGACUCCGGAGCCGCGGUUUUUGAAAAGCCAGGACGUUACCCUCAAGGGCAGCACGGGCACGCCGAGUUCUGGCAUUGGCACUUGCAGCAGCAGCUGGCCGGACACCCAGCAUCCCUUGAAGGGCCGUUUGUCUUUCAUGGCCCAGCUGAGCCAGCUGCAGGCAGAGACAAGGAGGCUGCAGUGGGAGCUGAUGAGGAAGGAGCAGGAAUGCCAGAAACUUCUGCAGGAGGCAUUGCAGAAUGUGGAAGAGCAUUCCUGGGAUCUAAGAAGCCCAAAUCUGAGAGCUUUCCCAGGAGUUGCAAGUUCCCCAUCUCAUACAUGGAAAAGUGAAGCAGAAGCAGAUCCCCUCCUUGCUGAGUGGUUGGAAAAACACGGGGCUGACAAAGCCACAAUUGCAACGCUCUCGCUCCAUGGCUUCACCCUGCCUGACCUUCUCAACUGUGCUACGCCCGACGACCUCCGCUACACCCAUAUCAGAGGAGGGAUGGUGUGCCGUCUCUGGAGAGCUAUCUCGGAACAUCGACAAACACUCGGCCAGCGCUUGCAACAUGGAGCUCAGCAAGAUGAGGGAAAGCCCUCGAUCUGUUUGGAAGACAACAAGCUCUGGCUGGCAUAGAUCCCCUACCUUGCCCAGCAGGAACCUAAACGGGCUUGCAGACUUCUCCUCACAUUGAGGCAAUGCGAACUGACUUUCCAUUUAUUGCUUGGGUGGGUGGGCGAAGAUGGUAACGGUCUAUAAUGGCCUCUCUGGCAAAUAAAGGCUGGAGGGAACUACA